GGUAGACCCUUGAGAGGGAGGGUGGAGCACAGUAACCCUAUAGGGUCCUCACUGUGCAGCUGAAAGUCACAGGAGCAAUGGCGACCAGGCACUCUGAAGACGACCUCUCUUGCCCAAUCUGUGGAAUGAUUUUUCAGCAGCCUGUGGUGCUUUUCUGCAGGCACAGGUUCUGCAAACCUUGUCUUGAAAGUAGCUGGAGUAGUGGAGGAACUUGUGAGUGCCCGUUGUGCCUUCAGCCUUCCUCCACUGGUGAGCUCAUGGUCAGCGCAACCCUUGAGAAGACCUGUGAAGGUUUUCUGAUGGAUCGCCGCAAGAACAACCCUUUUGCUUGUAAGGAGCAUGGUGAAACACUGACCCUUUUCUGUCUGGAGGAACUACAGCCCACUUGUGUUGCAUGCAAGUCAUCUGACAGGCACAAAGGCCACAGGUUAUACUCUCUGGACGAAGCAGCACAAGACUGUAAGGCAGAACUGAAGACUGCUUUAAAGCCCCUGCAAGAAAAGCUAAAAGCCUUCAGGAAAGUUAAACUCACAUUUGAUCAAACAGCAGACCAUAUCAAGAUUCAGGCAGAGCACACAGAGAGGAAGAUAAGAGAGGAGUUUGAAGCUCUGCACCAGUUCCUGCAAGAUGAGGAGGCCACAAGACUCUCUGAACUGAAGCAAGAAAAGAAACAGAAGAGCCAGGCGAUAAUGGAAAAGAUUGGUGAUAUGGAAAGCGAAAUCACGUUCCUCACUAACACUAUCAGAGCUGUUGAAAAGGAAAUGAGCUCCCAGGAUGUCCUGUUUCUACAGAAUUACAAGGACACAAUAAAGAGAACCUGGCGCUUACCAGAGGAUCCAGAGAUGGUAUCAGACUCGCUGGUUGAUGUAGCCAAACACCUAGGCUCGUUAAAAUUCAAAGUCUGGGAGAAGAUGAAGAACGUUGUUCAAUACUCUCCUGUGAUUCUGGAUCCGAACACUGCUGCAAGUUGUUUCCAGCUGUCGGAGGACCUGACACAGCUGCAGUGCUGCUCGCAGACCUUUACACUACCAGACAACCCGGAGCGCUUUGACGUCAGUGCUGAAAUGCUGGGGUCUGAGGGCUACCGUUCUGGCAAAUACAGCUGGGACAUUGAGGUCAAAAACAACACCUACUGGGUUAUCGGCGUGGCCAGCGAGUCAGUCAAGAGGAAAGGCAAGCACAUACUGACCCCAGCAGAGGGAUUCUGGACCAUUCGUCUGCGUAACGGCGAGUACAAAGCCUGUUCCGCCCCUUGGUCGCCGCUAAGCAUGAUCAGAGAGCCGGACGUGGUGAGAGUUGUGCUGGAUAUGGACAGGUGUAAGGUCAUGUUCUACGACCCACGAGAGAGGACGCCACUCUACACUUUCACGGACAUCAUCACUCCCCGAGCAAUGCCUUACUUCUGCAGUGCCUGCAAGGAACAUCCACUCAGAGUGCUACCAGCGAGUGUGUCCGUGACAGUGGGCUGCUAAGGCCCUGCGGAGUGACCCUCUUGGUGAUUUAGCCAACUGUCCCAGACCUUUCACACUGUGUGGUCAAGUAGUGGGUGAUCUAGUUGGAAACUUGACAGUAGUUCAAAUGCAUUUACUUGUCUUUUAGGUUAAAAUGGACUACUUGAAGGAAUGGAACAGCGAAAUAUCAAAUUUACACAAUUUUCCACUUGUCAGAUACAGUCACUCAGCCAAAAGAUGUUGGGUGUCCAAAUUUUGCUUCGUUUAGAGCUGGAGCUAUGAGAAAUUGCUACAUAUUACUAACAUUGUUAAUACCAGAAGUCAAUAGUUGCCCAAAUCUUUUUCGUAAAUACAAAGACAUCCCAAAACUUUCCUCAUUAAGUCUUCAUUAAGGUCGCACAGACUUGUCAACAUGUCUUAGGGCAGGGCUUCUCAACCUUUUCCAACCCGAGGCCCACCUGUUUAUACACACAAAGCAUAUCGUCCCACAGGAAAACUACAAUCAGCUUUUUAAAUGCAAUUUUCUCUCUCAUUUCUUUGACACUGAAAACCUGAAUUAGGACCUGAAAAAGAUCAGACUGGUUCAAUCACAGAAGCCAAAACUACAGCUAUGUUAUAAGCCAUAAAGUAAAAAACAACAUAUGAUUGCAGUUUACAAAA